AGCAAGCGAGGUGCGCGUGCGCAAGCCACUCCGCCGACACUCGCCGACACGGACGCAAUGGCGACACGACCAUUUCUGUUUUUGCUGUGCGUCUCUGCAGCCUUAGCAGAACCUGCACCUGAGCCUGCACCAGGAAGAAUACCUAAAGUCUACAAUACUCUGAUCACCUCGAACCAGAACUUAGAACCCAGUAAAGCCUUCCCAGUUUAUCAGCCCGUGUUGCACAACGCAGCCUUCCCUUACCCGAUACAACCUGUAUACUUGGGUGAUUUACCACUGACAAAUACCCUCAUCCAACCCGCACUGGCACCAGCUGCAAUCGUACCCAAACAGCCAGUUGAGCCAACAUCUGCAUCAUCUGAACCCUCCAUAGAUAAAGUAUCAACCGAAAAUCCACCACCUGCAGAACCUUCAAGCGAAGCACCAGAUUCCAGCAACAAGGACCAAGCUACUGAGGCACCUCCAUCGCCACCCAAAACAGAAGCUCCUAUACCGCUUAACGAAUUCGGACUACCACCACAAGUGAUCCCAUUGGGACGUUUCGGAUCAGGAUUCGAAUAUACGCAAAUCAAUACCUUUCCAUACUCAUAUCCAGGACUAAGAUUCUACGAUCCAUACGAUGCAUUCGGAUUUCAUCCUUACACAAACUUCCCAAUUUACAAUCGGCCAUUUAAUAAUUACUAUGGACAGAUUCCCCUCAGCAACUCGAUAGUAGGAAACCAAGCGCCAGCCAUCUCUCAAGCAAAAGAAGAAACGGAGCAAUCACAGCCCCCGUCAUCUGAAUCUGGCGAUCUUAACAUUCUGAAUUAUUCUUCGAAAGACCCAGCGAUACCUAAUGUUCCUCCACCACCUUUACCUCAAGGAGGACUCAAACCUGACAAGGAAUAAGUUUUUAUAAAAGAUUUAUUGAUCCCUUAGAUAGUGAUACGAAUAUGCUCAUUAGUAAUUAUAAAUUUAUAUUAUAUAGUUAGGAAAAAGUUCCUUAUUAGAAACGAUUUAAAUAUAUUUUGUAUAUUAUUGUACAGUAUAAGAUGACCUUCAUUUUCAAUAAAGUUUUAUAUUACAAUUAUUAAAUUAAA